ACAUGGACGUGCGUGUAAUACACCGGCUAGCACUAAUGCUUGCAGUUUUAACAGGCGUUUUAGUGGCGUCGGGAAAUAAACAGAAUAUUGAUAAAGAAGAACAGAUAAAUUCAGGUGUACAACUGAAAGAUAUAGUAUUUGUAGUUUUAAGUCAAAAGAAUCCAUACCAUGAAAAAAGAGCUGAUAUUUUCAGGCAAGAUUUUGAAUCUCAGAUAAAGGAAUUACCAGUAGAUGAAAAGCCCCAGCUAGUAUUUAUCCAUCAGGAAUUUAGAAAUGUUUUAGGAGCAUGGAAUGUUUUUCCUCUACUUCCGACGUUUUCUAAAGACUAUGCUAACGCUGCCUGGUUAUUUGUGUGUGAGGAAGAGACAAGGCUAGAUGUACACAAACUGCUUAAGGUCCUACAGAGGUUUGAUCAUACCAAGGACCUGUAUCUUGGUCAUCCUCUGAGGGACCAAUCACCUACCAUUAUCCAUCAUUAUGCCUUCCAUGACAACCCAAGUAAAUUUGCAUAUGCUGAUUGGGGAGCAGGCUUUGUACUUAGUCAACCUCUUCUAGCCAAAAUGGGAAAAAGGUGGCCUGAUAAAGAGUUUAAAGCAGAUUUUACCAUAGAUCCCAAACAUGAGCUGGCAAGGUAUAUAUUAAGUGAUGCCAUCAAUGUGACCUUGACCCCUGUCACAGAGAUCUGUCUGGUGAAAAAAUCUAAGAAGUGUGCUUCCUGGUAUCCAAUGAUGUUUCCAGAUUGUGGUCCUGAAAUACCCGAGGAGGAUCUUUAUGUGGCAGUGAAAACCUGUGCCAAGUAUCAUAAGGAACGAAUACCUAUUGUGAGAAAAACAUGGGGAAAAGAUGCCAAGAAUGUGGAAUAUUACAGUGAUGUGGAGGACAGAACAAUACCUACAAUCAACUUAGGGAUUCCCAACACAGAAAGGGGGCAUUGUGGGAAGACCAUGGCAAUUAUAAGGAGACUACAGUCUCACCCAAGGAUAUCACAGAUACCGUGGUUUAUCAUUGUGGACGAUGACACAAUUAUUAACCUGAGAAGACUGAGGAAAUUACUGGCAUGUUAUGAUUCUAAGUUUCCCAUCCAUAUGGGGGAGAAAUAUGGCUACAUGGUUACCAAGAACGAGCAUGGUUACACCUACAUCACAGGUGGAGGCGGGAUGGUAUUUAAUAAGGAGGCAAUAGAUGUUAUAGUGCUAACUCACCGUGCAGACUGUCCCUCUAAUGAUGCACCUGACGACAUGAUCCUUGGGCGCACUUUCAAGGCGAUAGGCCUGCCUCUGGUUCACAGUCCCUACUUCCACCAGGCACGGCCAGUAGACUACAGUCAAGAAUUCCUGUCUGCUAGAACAGCGAUAUCGUUUCACAAACACUGGAUGAAUGACCCUAUCCAGACCUAUAAUGAUCUCAUUGCUUCUGAUGACUAUAUGGACACAUUGAACACUGCAGAGGAAGAGAUGUCCAAGUCUGAAAUUGAAAACUCUGAGCAAGAUAUUACUCGAUCUGAUGUUGGUGAUGAUUCAGUCUAUCAGAAGGAAGAGUUAUGAUAGCAUCUUGAUUUAGAUAAGUAUUUAUUUAAUGAAACUCUUUGCCUGCUGGGGGCGGUUAACCCUUUCUUUGCCAUUCCGAACAUCACCUGCUCAACCUGCCAAAUGAAGAUGUAUGGAGAUAUCAAUACCAAAGAUUUCAAUGUGCAGUUACUUUAACAUCACCUAACUUAUACAUUUUCUCAGUCUACAUGUCACCAGCUAAUAGUGGAUUUUGUCUCGCCUUCACUGACCUGUGGAGGUUGCAGAUAAAGGUAAUUUGCUGUUUUAAUAACAAAACUUUGUAAUUUUUUUUAAAGUUAUUCCAUAUGGCAUGUGUUGGUGGAUACAAUAUCAGCAACUGUAUUAGUUGCACAGGUUGAAUUGAAACAUUUGAGGUUUUGCAGUUGAUUUUGAUUUGAGGUGAAAUAAAUUAAUUUAUCACUAAGACGAAACCAACUGAGCAGAGCUGUGAGGAUAAGAGGUAAUUGUAUCACUUUGCAGGCGAAGAGUUCAGAGACUUCCUGUCUACAAUGUAAUCUUAGGGAAUGGUGUGAUAAUGUUUCAAGAACAUACUGUUUGGUUAAGGUUUUUCAUAAUGUUUGUAAGAUUUUUUUUUUAAUCAAUUUAUCGAUAUAUAUGCAGCAAUCCAUAGUAGUAUCCAUGAGGCUAUUAAUAUGGUGUGUCCAAAUGUGUUUGUUAUAGAAUGUGUAUCGUAGAAAAUAUUACUAUGUCUUGCUCAAGUUUAUGUGAUUUGAUAUUGAUGUGUAUGGAUUUUAUCAUUGUUGUACGGAGAUGGUUGGUAACUCUACAUCACAGCAUUUUCUAAGGUCCUGGACCUCGGAGUCCUCAGGAGGAGGAAAAAAGGUCAGUUUAAUGUUCACUAGGGUUUCAAUUCUAAAAUCAAUAAUUUUAGAUCAAACAUAGUCUUUCUUCUUUUAAAUUGUUUUCUAAAAAGAAAUAGGUUUUUAGCGCACCUGGCCUGAAGGGCCAAGUGAGCAUAUGCUGUAGCGCAGUGUCUGUCGUCCGAUGGCCGGUCUCAACUUUUUCCUUUAAACAACAUCUUCUCAAUAACCAGUGGACCAAAUAUUUUGAUAUUUGGUUGAUAUGUUUGUUGGAUGAAGCCUGACAGAGUUUGUGAAAAGAAACGACCUUGACCUAUAUUCAAGGUCACUGGAGUCAGAUAUGCUAAAACAUUUAAACAACUUCUUCCCAUGAACUAGAAGGCCUAGAGGCAUGAUAUAUGACUUGUAUGUUCCCAGAAUGAAACCAACCAAGUUUGCAAAAAGAAAUGACCUUGACCUAUUUUCAAGGUGACAGGGGUCAAAUUUGUUAAAACCUUCAAACGACUUCUUCUCUUGAACUAUACCAGGUGAGCACUGCAGGCCCAUUUGGCUUCUUGUUUAAGUAGUUCAUUUCAUAUCGACAUGAAUAUUUUGUAAAUGGUUAAAAUUAAAUUGAUACUGUGAUGUCACAUUUACAGUUUGAAAUCUUAUUCCUCUGGUGUUUUCUAUGAAUUUAUUUAAGUAUGUAAUUGUUAAGUGUGAUAUGACAGUGAAUUGUUUAUGUCAUGAAUUAUCUUUCUUGGUAAGUUGUGGUGGCAUUUUAUCAAAAACAAAAGAUGAAAGUAAUGUUUACAUUUGUGGUACAUACCUGUGAUAAUUAAGGUCCUGCCAAGGGUUUUAGAUAUUAUUAUGGAGGGGUCUAGCCUUGCUUUUCAUCUCUCCAAAAGAACUUGAGAACAAGCUGGAUUUUGUUGGAGAAGUGUGUAAUCCUGAUAAAGAACUAGCCACUUUUCUUUCAACUUAUCUUAUAAGGGAGAACCAUUUUUUUUUAGACCUCAGCAAUAUAGGGUGCUAGUCUAGUACUGGCUGUGAGACUUAACCCCCUUGCAAACAUAUUGAAAAGUAAUGACCUUAGCUACAUCAGCAUUCAAAAAUUGAUCAUUUGUACAGAAUUUCUGUAUUGUUGCUGACAAUCAUGAUACAAAGUAUUACAUUGUAGUUUCCCUCUAUUAUAGAUACAGAUAGUUCCUACAAUUUUCUUGUUCUAAUCAUUUUAGAUUUUUCUUUGUUUAUUUUGAGGGGCGGGGUUUAUGCAAAUGAGACCUGAUUUUGCUGCAGGCUAUCAAUUUAAAUUGUUUGUUUAUACUAAUUGUAUUUUGUAAAAAAAUCUCGGAAUGAGAUAUGAAAGAUGUGCUAGGAAAUUGAUAUUGUUUGUUUAUAUGAAUUCUAUUUUGUUAAAUAUCCUGAAAUAAGAUUUGAAAAAUAUGCUAGAAAAAUUUUAAUUGUUUGUUUAUAGGAAUCUGAUUUUGCUACAUAUUUUUCCUAAAUCGGAUAUGAAAAAUAUGCUGGGCUUGAAACAGUAUUUCAGUUUGUUUCAUACAUUUACUAUUAGCAUGAAACACUGAUAUUAUAUGUGGUAGGGCAUUGGGCUGCCAGUUUCCGUCAUUUUCACAAGAAGAUAUUUUGUGUCUGAAUCAGCUGAGUUUCUCCAUGCAACUUUCACUUUAUUUUACCUUUGAAAACCAUUUAUUCUUCAUUAUGCAUUAUUUUGAUACAGAUAUUCAGAAUUUCGUCCACAAAUGUUUCAAUAUAUAAAACUUGAAAUCCAUCCAGAAAUUUUGAUUUUUUUUUCACUAUGUUCCUUCAUAUGUAUAUUAAACAUUAUGGCUACUUGACCAAACAAUUUUGAGAUCUGAUUUGAAAACCUGUAGGAAAUGCAUGUUUUUCCAACACAUGUAUGACAAGUUGUAUAUGGGAUGUUUCUCUGUCAAACUAAUUGUGUAUUAAAGUGUGUCAAAACUAUGGCCCAUACUGUAGACGUCGUGUCAAACGUCAGAAACAAUGAAAACAUAAUAUAACUAUAUGAAAAUUUUAUCAAACUUUAUAAAGUUGAAAAAAUAAUUUGUAAAAAAGAAAAAGAAAAAAAAUGAGAAAAAUUUGAUAAAAUCCUUAUAUUAAACAGUGUAAAAAUGGCAAAUUAAAGAGAUUUAUCGCAAGAAAUUUCUUUGGUUGUACGAUACUUAUUACCUGAAGAUAAUGGAGAAUGGAAGGGAAUUGAUGUGUGUACCUUUUAAGCUUCAUUCUCUGUAUGUCCGUCCAUUCGGCAUCAUGGAAAAACAUUGUAUUUUGAACCCCAUUUUGCUAGUACAUUGUAUGUACAUAAUCUUUUAAAAACCUUUCAACAUCAGGAGUGAAAACAUCAAGAGGACAUUUUUAUCUAGCCGCAUGGUUCACAGGAACUUGGAAAAACCAAUGAAAUUCUUUUGACUUCCUGAUUUCCACUAAAGCUGAAGCUAGGUCAAUUAGAUAAUAUCUAGAUAUAAUGGCCAAUCAAAUUUGUAGCCUAAAGUGUAUUUGAUCUGAUCAAAGGAAAAAAAAAAAAAAAACAAAAGACAACAUCAAGGGUCAGAGUUCAAAUAAAAAAUCAAGAAAUGUUUUGAAAAGUUGUUAAUUUUUUGUUUGUUACAGCUUAAAGACCUUCUAUGCUAUCUGUAAUAAUUUGAUAGUUCUUUUCAGUACUGUCAUUUGCUUCUAUAUGAAGAUUAGUUAGAAAUCUAUUUUCAUUCAAAUUUAUUCAAACACUCUAUAUUCAUGCUGCAAUAAGCCUGACGUCCAACGCUUUACUCAAAUUAUGGGUUCAAUGCCAGAUUUAUACGACAUGUGAACACCUCAGGUAUGCCCCUGAAAAUUAGUUAGAGUUUGCAAUUAUGGAGGAAACACACCUGGAUCUUAAUAUGUGCCAUUGUUAUGUAUCUAAUGCUGAGAAAUAUUGUUUGUUAUGCAAAUUUUUUUAUGUAAAGCCUGCCAUUUUGUAUUCUAUAUUAACUUGUAUUUAUAUUUUGUCCUAAAAUGUGUAAGUUUUGAUUAUUACAAUCAUCAAAUGGUUUGUCCCCAUAUCGUUAACUUAAACCUGGUAGCCUCCUUAUAUGUAACAAAUACCUGUCUAUAACGACCACUCACUGAUUUAGGGGUCCCAAUAAUAGUAGUUGAACCUCUACAUAAAGGCAACCUGUAUAUAAAGGCCACUUUUUUCUGCUCUUUAGAAUGACCCGUAUACACAGGUUUGAUUGUCCAUCCAUUACCUAGCUAGUGCUUUCGUGGUACAUAUUUAGACUUAAAAGGAAAUACACAGGAGGUACUAUCUAGUAUUCAAUGAUAUAACAUCUUUAUAAUUAUGGAUCUCAACCACCAUGUUAAACUUUCAAGUUUUGGCUAUUAUUGGUAAACCUUAAUUACCAGGUACAUAAGCCAUAACGUUAAUGAGAAAUACUGCAAGGAAGAUUUAAGAGAAAGACUAAAAUUUUAACAAUAUAUGAAAUAUUUAAGUUUGUUUGAUUCCUCUUGUCUAAAAACUAAAACUACCUAGCAUGUUGUAACUGUUUACUAGUUUUCAGAAUUUCUCUAUGAAACAUAAUCUGUGCACAUGUAUAUUUCUGGAAAUGUAUGAUAUUGAGUGAAGAUGAAAAAAAGAUUUUUAUGUUGCAUAUUUGACUGAAAAUUUCAAAAAUGUACAAUUAAAUUGAGCUCCACCUAUUAUUCCAUUUCCUGCUUCUGAUACAGGUGCUUCAUUCCUCAUGCACAAAUUACAUGCUAAUCGAACCAUUUUGGCAUUGCUACACAGAAACAAUUAUAGUUACUGUCCACUGAGCUUUACUAUGAGAUUCCCAUUUGUUUUCAUGGAAGUUGUCUCCCUUGAAUUAAUUUUAAUCUAAUCAUUAAAUAUAACAAUUUGUUUUACAAGUGUAAUACUUUUUGUUAUUAGAAUUAUACAUGCCAUGGUAGAAUGUUUUUCUGAAUACAAACCAUCAAAAUUAUAAAUUCAUUGAAAUUUUGUGAAAAUAUUCAAAUAUGGGUCAACUCUUUACGGGAAAAAAUCGAAAAAAUCUCCUUAGUUUUGUGAUUUGAUAGAACAAAGAAUGGAGAUUGAAGUGCUGAAGAAAACAAUCUCAGGCAUAAAUAACUUUAUGGAUGAAUCUUUUUCUCUUCAUAAAGACUUUUUUCAUGUACAUUUUCUAUCAUUACAAUGUGUAUAUCCAUGACUAACCAACACUAUCACUUUAAUGGGUUCCAUGUGGUGUCCUUAGGACUGUCAGCAUCUGUUAUUGAGUCUGUCUUGACGUCAGUUUUAUAAAAAAAAAAAAAAAAAUAGAUUUUUUAGAUGAUUUUGGCUUCUAGUAGUUAUAGUAAAUGCUGAAAGUGGAAUUAUUUCACACUUGCACACAUAAAGUCAUUCCUCAUUCAUACUAAUAAGAUUUUAGUUUUUUUGUCCAGGUUGCAUUUGGUAAAAUGGGAAUAACAUUCUUGUAGAUUUCGAGUAAAUGUUGUCAGUUUUCCAUACACCAUUUAAAUAAAUUUGUUGUGUUGUGAAAAGUA